CAUUACCGAUGAGCAGAAUAUUUCGAUGUUUCAAAGCUUAACACAUCUUCUCUUGCGCGAAAAAGAAGUUCUAGCGAAGAAGAAAAUGGCAGAUGAUCCAGAGAAGAGAUUUCACUCCAUCAUGGACAAGCUCUUUCACGCUCCUAAAUCCCUUUCCAAUCCUUCCAGUUCAUCUGGAGUGGAGUCAUCAAGGGGGAAAAAGAGACACAACCCAGAGUCUGCGUUGGCACUAGUGGAACCUAGAACAAGAGGGGAUGUGGUUGGGUCAUCUCAGCGUUCAUUAGCUCCAGCUGAAGCUCCAUUGUGCAGACCCUGGGACCGAGGAGAUCUCAUGAGGAGGGUGGCAACGUUUAGGUCCAUGACUUGGUUUGCUAAGCCCAAGGUGGUGAGUGCUGUAAAUUGUGCAAGGAGGGGAUGGAUCAACUUAGAUAUGGAUAUUAUAGGCUGUGAAGCAUGUGCAGCUCGUCUUCUUUUUUCCACCCCAUUAUCUUGGACGCAGCAGCAAGUUGAGAAGGCAGCCAUGGUAUUUAGCUUAAAGCUGGAUAGUGGACACAAAUUACUGUGUCCUUGGAUUGAUAAUGCCUGUGACGAAAGAUUGGCAGAGUUUCCUCCCACUCCUCCUCCUGUUUUAGUUGAUAAAUUCAGAGAAUGUUCUUCUGCUCUCUUACAACUUUUAGCCCUUCCAGUGAUUUCAUCUUCAGCCGUGGAAUACAUGAGAAGCUCACAGCUGGAAGAAUUUCUUAGAGAGGCACCAACCUUGGAUUAUGGCAAUGGAUCUAUUAACAUAUCUCAAGUAGAAUACCUCGGAAAUGAGUGUGAAGCUGAUUCUGCUAACUUGUAUUAUCAGGCACAAAAGCUUAUAAGUUUAUGUGGCUGGGAACCACGAUCACUGCCUUAUGUUGUUGACUGCAAGGAAAGACCAAAGAAGCUCAUUAAGGAUGCCGACAUUUUGAAUUCAUCCAAUAUAGUCACUAAUGGACAAAAUACAAGCAUCAGUUUUUAUUCUGCCGCCACCAAUGAAAAUUUGGAGGCUACUGAAGAUUUUAGUUUGCUUAGUGGGCUACAAGCUGAUCCUCACUCUAUUGUUUUAGAUUGCAAGCUUUGUGGAGCCAGUGUGGGACUAUGGACUUUUUCUACAGUUCCAAGGCCAGUAGAGUUGUUUAGAUUGGCUGGAUACACCGAAGUGAAUAGUAGAAAAAAUUAUGGACAAGAUUCAGGCAAUGAAAGUCAAGUUGACAACAGAGGAGCUGUUGCAAAUUCUGCCUCUAAUGGAGUACUAUCUUCCAUAGAUAGACCAUCAACUUUAAAUUUAACAAUUGCCGGGGGUCCACCGCCUACAAAACAGAACUUCAAAGCAACAAUUUCAUUGCCUGUUAUUGGCCGGAAUUUAAGGGCUAGGCUUUCUUAUGACUCUGGUUUUAGAGAUCGUACGUUUAAUGACCUAGAAGUGCAGUCUAUAUCUGAUAAAAAUAUAUUUGUGAAAGAAAAGGGAAUUACAGAAAACAGUUUUGGUGAGCAAGUUUCUCUUCCAGAACCUGUGGGGAUGUUAAAGAGCAAAACAGCUGAUCAGGGACAGUGUAGUUAUGCAAGUGGAGAUCAAUCCUCUUGUUUGAACAUUGAAAGUGGUGAAAAAGGAUCUGCUCUUAGAAAGGAGUCUGAUAUUUACAUGUCAUCGAAAGGCACAGACAUUAGUGGAGAAGGAAUUUUUUCAGAAAUUGGAGUGUGUGAUUCUAAUAGGGAAUGCACAACAGAGAGCACAGCAGAUAUAGCACAAAGUUUUGAUCAGAAUUAUAGGUUGCUUGAAAAUGCACAAAAUGCUGGGUCCCUUGAUUCAGCAGUAGGAAGUUUCGGCAGUUCUCAAAUUAUAAUAUCUUCUGUUUCAGGCCCAGGUGCUACUGUCGCCAUUGGAAAUGGGAAUAGUACAAGUGACUCAUUAGCUUUGGUUGCCUCUGAAAUUUGCAAUCAGCAAGAGGUUCCAGGAGCAGAUGUUUUAUGUGGCAAAGAUAUUACUUCGAAGGUAGACUCAACCAAAGGUAAAACUCAUUCUUAUCUCAAAAACAUGUCAAGCGCUCAAGCAAAAAGCCAGGAAGGCACCAAAGAUAGAGUACAGAGUAUGGUGAACAGUGACAAUACAGCAUAUGGCAAGGAGCUAAGGGAAAUAUCAGAUGAAGGAAUGGAGUUUGAUCCAAUCAGGCAGCACAGACAUUUUUGCCCCUGGAUUGUAUCAACAAACAGUGGGGCAGCUGGUUGGAAGCAAACAUUAUCUGCUUUAUUUCGUCUAAAGGAGCAUUCUAGCCCUUCUACAAAAUCUCCUUCACCCACUUCCGUGAUUAAGGUGGAUGAUCCCAUUACUUCAGUAAGAAAGCUAUUCAUGUCUCCAUCUGCAAAGAAAAUGAAACCUACUCCCGGGUCUAGCUGAAGCACCAGGUCCAGGUGUGCAGCUGAUCAAUUUGCAAGGUUUCAACAUGUACGUACCCAAAUGACCUUGGUAGAUGUAUAUUUGACGGGACUCUUCUCCUUUUGCAUAUGGUAGAUGCAUUGACCUUGGAAAUUAUGUAUGCAAGCAAUGCAAGUGUUGAGUGUUGUAUCAUUAGCUGUGGCGUGGUAGCAGCCAUUCAAAUUUUACAGUCCGAGUACUUGUGAAUUACAACGUAGCAUUGCUAGAACAGCUUGCAUUCUUAAUUACUGUUGUGAGAUUUUGGCAGGAAUAGCAAUAGAAUUUAUUGUCAUAUGAAA